AUGUCCCCGGGCUUCGUCCCGCAGAAUAUCAACAACCUGUCGCUCGAAUGGAAUGGCGAAGACCGAAGGCCGUCCGUGGCCAGUACAACGACAAUGUCUUCGACCGGCUCGUCCAAACGCAGCAUCACUGGCAAAUUCCACAAGAAGUUGCAAGGCUUCUUUGGAGAUGAUUUCGACCCCAAUGCGCCGCCGCCCAAGGACCAACCCGAUCAGCUAGACAAAAGAGGUCGCAACCCAUCCAACGCGACUCAAGUUACACAGACGACUCGUCCUGGCAGUCCAUCGGCAUCGCGCCCACGAACACCUAACACCAGCAGUGAAGUAACGCCGUGGGAUUUCGAGCCAGCUCCGGCAAACGUAGGUUUUCAGCAGACGCGGAAAGACAAGGGUUCCGUCUCAGGUAGGCACCAUCGCCUCCAUCUUCCCGGACACCGACACAAGACCAGCCUUGAGGACAUUGACGACGGCGCUUCCGUUAUGAGUGGUCGUGCUGGCACUAUCCGCAAGGAUUCGACUCUCCCUGCAAGCCUUAAUGGAGCACGAGCGCGCGCCACAAGUCCCUCGCCCAGCAUGAAGAGUAUGAUGAGUGCUCAACAAAGCCAGUCAAGCGACGCACAAGGCCAACGCUCCCCCGGAACAUCGCACAGCGCCAAACGCUCCUUGUUCGAUCGACCAAUGGCGUUAGCUUUGGCGAAGAAAGAGCAUACGAGAAUUCCUUUCAAACCAAGGCGCGCCGAACCAAGCGCCGAGUUCAACAAGAAGGACCCAAACGCCCCAAGACCUGAGGCCGUUCGCAAUGCGUCAGCUUUGUGGCACCUCGACACCGAUAUGAGCCAGAUGGAAGGCAUUGUCAACCGCAGUCAACCCAUGACACCACCCGUUACUAGCGAAAUAUUUACUGGCUUCCCAGGAAUCGAACCUCCUAAACCCGCCGAGGAAGAAGCUGGAACGUGGGAAGUACCCGACAGUUGGGCGGUCAAAAGAGUGCCCGACCAGAAUGUCGCAGCUCUCCGUGAAGUCGACGAUGAAGGUCAAGUUCCUAGAGAUGAGGAUCCAGGCUCCAUGUACUUCAUGCGCAUAUUCAGAGCGGACAGCACCUUCGCCGUCAUCUCAGCUGGCCUAAACACGACUGCUAGCGAACUCAUCCAGAUGAUGGCUAAGAAGACAUUCCUCCAGGACGAGCUCGACACAUACCAGAUCGUAAUGCGAAAGACUGGCUCGAGUCGUAUACUUGCCGCUGGAGAACGACCACUGGCGAUACAGAAGCACAUGUUGGAAAUGGCUGGCUACAACGACAAAGACAGACCAGAAGAUCUAGGCCGUGAGGACCAUGGAUAUCUGGUGCGUUUCACGUUCUUGCCUGGAAAGUUGAGCGGAUACUCCAGCUUGGAGCGCGAUCCUGGUUUCAAGGGCCAGCAGAAGUUUAACCAUAUCGAUCUUUCAGGUCGCGAUCUGGUCACCAUUCCUAUCACCCUGUACCAAAAAGCCACAGAGAUCAUCACUCUGAACUUAUCCAGAAAUUUGUCUCUUGAUAUUCCCAAGGACUUCAUCCAGAGCUGCAGCAACCUUCGAGAGAUUAAAUAUACCAGCAACGAAGCUUGGAAGUUGCCUGCAAGUAUCUGCCUGGCUUCAAGGCUGACUAUGCUUGAUGUAUCGAACAACAGGCUUGAGCAGAUGCAACAUGCAGACCUACACAAGUUACACAACCUCGUUAGUCUCAAGCUAUCCAAUAACAAGCUUACGAGUCUGCCUGCCUAUUUCGGCUGCUAUCAAGCUCUCCGCAGUUUGAAUCUGGCGUCGAACAAUCUCGAUGUCUUCCCCGACUUUCUCUGCGAGCUCAGGACUGUUGUUGAUCUGGACAUCAGUUUCAAUGGCAUCUCAGCACUGCCAAAGGUCGGAAAGCUUAUCAAUCUGGAACGCCUGUUCGCCACGAACAACAAGUUAUCUGGCGCAUUCCCUGAGACCUUCAAACAACUCGUCAAGCUUACGCAGAUUGAUAUUCGCUUCAACGCGCUGGACAAUAUCGACGUCAUGGCCGAAUUACCUCUGUUAGAGCAUCUCUUGGUUGGACACAACUCGAUCGCUGCGUACGAAGCUUCCUUCCACCGUAUCAAGGUUCUUUCUCUCGAUCACAAUCCUGUCACCCGUUUCGGGCUCACUACCCCUGUUCCUACUCUGUCGGUGCUGAACCUCGCUUCUGCCAAGUUGACGCAACUCCCCGAUGACCUGUUCGCAAAGAUCUCGAACAUCACAAAACUGGUCCUCGACAAAAAUCAUUUCACAGCACUGUCACCCCUGAUUGGCAAACUGACCAGACUGGAACAUCUCAGUGUGGCCAAAAACAUGUUGAACAACCUGCCCUCGGAUAUUGGUAGACUUCAAGAUCUGAAAUACCUUGACAUUCGGGAAAAUAACCUCAGCAGACUGCCACAAGAGAUCUGGUACGCUCGUAGGCUGGAGUCGCUCAACAUCGCAUCGAACGUCCUGAACGAGUUUCCCAAGCCGGGUGCACCUCCGCCAACUCUGAUAUCUGAGGUACCUACACCCACAACAACGACUGGUGGGCCACAAACUCCCGACUUCGACGAACUCGGUAAGCUCGAGGCGUUCCAAAUGAGAAGGCCCAGUCAAGUUGGUCAUGGCAUGAUGCCUGGUGGAUCACCAGCUGGCCGCAAAGGUUCAGUCGCCUCGACUUAUGGUGUUCAAUCAUCAAGACACCCGUCUUUGGCUCCAAGAGGAUCAACUGAAUCUGGACUCAGCAGUGGUGCCGCUACGCCUGGACCUCGCAAAGAUUCGACCAUGUCGAACAGACUUGCCUCCACAUUUGCUUCGACGUUGCGUCACCUCAUUCUGGCCGACAACCGCCUCUCGGACGAUGUGUUUGAUGAGAUCGUCCUCCUUCCGGAGCUUAGAGUGCUCAACCUUUCUUACAAUGAGCUGUAUGAUAUACCGCCAAGGACAAUCAGGAGAUGGCCACACUUGACUGAGCUCUACCUUUCUGGCAAUGACUUGUCUGCACUACCGGCAGAAGACUUCGAGGAGGGGUCUGGCUUACGAGUGCUGCACUUGAAUAGCAACAGAUUCAACGUCCUGCCUGCAGAACUUGGCAAGAUCCAAAAGCUUCAGACUUUGGAUGUUGGCAGUAACGCACUGAAAUACAACGUCUCCAACUGGCCGUACGAUUGGAAUUGGAACUGGAACCAUCAGUUGAGAUACCUCAAUAUGUCUGGUAACAAGCGUCUCGAGAUUAAGCCCAAUGUCAACGUGGUACCGGGCCGUGAGACACGAGACUUGACGGACUUCUCAACCUUGCAGCAUCUCAGGAUAUUGGGUCUCAUGGAUGUUACUCUGACGAUUCCUUCUGUACCUGAUCAAGGCCCUGACAGACGUGUGCGUACUGCUGGAUCCAUCAUCGGCACGCACAUCCCUUACGGUAUGGCCGACACGCUUGGACGUCACGAGCACUUGUCGACGUUAGAUAUGGUCAUCCCCAGCUUCGGGGGUCACGAAGAUCGACUACUGUUUGGCAUGUUCGACGGAGCCACCCUAACCACGGGAGGCAGCAAGGUGGCCAAAUUCCUUUACGAAAAGUUCAGACAUCACUUUGCGGAUGAGCUCGCAAAACUCCAGGAAGACAGUGACGAUUCUCCCCUAGACGCGCUGAGGAGAGCUUAUCUUUCGCUCAACAAGGACCUUGCCACAGCAGCAACCCAAGCAAUUGAAGCUCGUGCCCACCCAAGCGCUGCGAUACUUCACAGAGCAAGCGUAACCGGUUUGGAGCUAGGCGAAGACGACAUGACUUCGGGUGCUGUGGCUACGAUCAUGUACCUUCAAAAUAUGGAGUUGUAUGUGUCUAAUGUAGGAGAUGCUCAAGCUCUUCUCAUCGACUCGGAGGGCGGUCAUCGAGUCAUCACUCGCAAGCACGCACCUGCAGAAGCAGACGAGCGCAUCCGUAUCCGAGAGGCAGGAGGUUAUGUCUCACGUCAAGGAAAGCUCAACGAUGCUCUUGAAGUCUCGAGAGCGUUUGGCUUCGUCCCACACAUGCCAGGCGUCGUUGCUUGCCCUCACACAGCCCGCAUAUCGCUAAAAGAGUCCGAUGAGAUUAUCGUCAUUGCAUCUCGUGAGCUCUGGGACUACCUGACCAUGGACUUUGCAGUGGACGUCGCUCGCUCCGAACGUGGUGACCUAAUGCGCGCUGCACAGAAACUGCGUGAUUUGGCCAUUGCAUUUGGUGCUACGGGUAAGAUCAUGGUCAUGAUGCUUGGCGUGAGUGACUUGCGCAAGAGAGAACGCGCUCGCUUCAGAACCCACAGCAUGAGUAUGGGUCCUAGUGGCGCACCGGACGAACUCAUGACCAUCUCGAGGCGCAACAAGCGUGGCAGAGAUAAUGUCGGAGACUCCAAGCUCGCUCGUUUGGACCAAGAGAUUGAUCCUCCUCAGGGUGAGGUUACUUUGGUUUUUACCGAUAUCAAGAACAGUACUAUGCUUUGGGAGUCUUAUCCCAUUGCCAUGAGAAGUGCGAUAAAAUUGCACAACGAGCUCAUGAGAAGGCAUUUGCGCAUCAUCGGUGGUUACGAGGUCAAGACUGAAGGUGACGCUUUCAUGGUCGCUUUCCAAACAGUAACCAGCGCGCUGUUGUGGACAUUCACCAUCCAAAGUCAACUUCUGGAAGUUCCUUGGCCGCAAGAGAUCCUCAACAGCAUUCAUGGUCAAGAGGUGCUUGAUACCGAUGGCAACCGCAUCUUCCGUGGUCUGUCUGUCCGUAUGGGUAUCCACUUUGGUCGUCCUGUGUGCGAACAAGAUCCCGUCACCGGUCGCAUGGAUUACUUUGGACCCAUGGUCAACAGAUCUGCUCGUAUCCAGUCCGUCGCCGACGGUGGACAGAUCACCGUAUCAUCAGAUUUCAUCGCUGAAAUUCAACGUCUACUCGAAACGCACAUCGAGACUGACAGAAACGGCUCUACAGGCUCUGACGACGCGAUGGGAGAUGAGAUGAUUGGCAACGCCAUCCGCCGCGAGCUGCGAUCACUCAGCAGCCAAGGAUUUGAGGUCAAGGACCUCGGACAACGCAAUCUCAAAGGUCUCGAGAACCCCGAGUAUAUUUAUCUCAUGUACCCUCACUCGCUGGCAGCACGUCUGGUAGUGCAACAACAACAGCAAGCACAGGCGGAACUCGUCAAGGCACAAGCUGCCGCUGCACCCAGCAACAACAACGUUGGCAUAGAAUCACCGACCGGUACUGCUGCAACAAAGAGUGCAGACAGCCAACUCAGCAUCGACACCGACCACGUCUGGGAUCUUUGGAACGUAUCCCUGCGUCUGGAAAUGCUGUGCUCCAGUCUCGAAACCACUGGAUUGACUGCUCUCAAAGCACCUGAGACAGCACUGCUGGAACGCAUGAAGCAGCGCGGAGGCGAAAUCACCGAUCGCUUCGUGAUCAAUUUCGUCGAGCACCAGAUCAGUAGAAUCGAGACUUGCGUUACAACAUUGGCACUUAGACAUAUGGUUCAGCCAUUCAGACCUGGUAUUUUGGCUGCUUCCAAGCCCAUGCAUGAGAUUCUUGGAGAGGUUACUGCAGCCAUGCAAGAGCUGAAAAGACUUAAAGGCGAAGCAUAG